AUGAAAGAGUCGCGCCGUGUCCAGCAAUCAGCACUCAUAUCGAGCAUCACUUCACCACAAUUCCACUCGCUCAAGAACAUCUCACUUGCCGACAUGUUGCAAUCAUUCGGAAUCGCCAUGGCUUUUCUAGCCUCCCCAUCCUUCGCAUCUUCUCUUUCGGAACUCUGCACCUCCUCAAACCUGAAAGCUGCACUGCCCUCCAACGGAACCCUUUUGGGGAUCAACAUGAUCCCAUCUACCAUCACGGCUUCCACGGCGACUUACAAUGCCAGUGCUGGUAUGGGAGGCGGACCGAUGAGGCGUGAUGCCGAUACUUAUGACUACUGUAACGUCACUGUCACUUACACUCACGGCACCAAGGGUGACACCGUGAACCUCAAGUAUGCCUUUCCUGAUCCCGACGACUUCAAGAACCGGUUUUAUGUUGCUGGCGGUGGCGGCUACUCUCUCAACACUGACACUACUGGGGGCCUCAAGUAUGGAGCGGCCGCUGGAGCUACUGAUGGCGGGUACGAUGCCUUCAACUACAGCCUCGACGAGAAAUUCCUUCUCGGCAACGGUUCCAUCAACUGGGAUGCAACAUACAUGUUCUCCUAUCAAGCUCUCGGAGAGAUGACCCAGAUCGGAAAGUAUAUCACCAAGAACCUUUAUGACAUGUCAAAGUCGAGCAAGGUCUAUACCUACUACGAGGGCUGCUCGGAUGGCGGGCGAGAGGGAAUGAGCCAGGUUCAACGAUGGGGCGACGAGUAUGAUGGUGUUAUCGCUGGAGCUCCUGCAUUUCGCUUCGCGCAGCAGCAAGUCCUGCACGUCUACCCAGCCACCGUUGAGCACACUCUCGAUUAUUACCCCCCUCCUUGUGAGCUCAAGAAGAUCGUCAACGCGACUAUCGAGGCCUGCGAUGGUCUCGAUGGAAGGAAAGAUGGUGUCAUCUCCCGAACAGAUCUUUGCAAAAUACACUUCAACCUCAAGUCACUCAUUGGCAAAGAAUACUACUGUGCGGCUGAGACCAGUUCUUCACUUGGCUUUGGGUUCAGCAAGAGACAGUCUCCCGGAAGUCAGACGAGCAAUGCCCCAGAGCAGAAUGGCACUAUUACUGCGGAGGGUGUCGCUGUUGCUCAAGCUAUUUACGAUGGCGUCUUCAACGGCAAAGACGAAAGAGCGUACCUGUCUUGGCAGAUUGGUUCUGAGUUAUCUGAUGGUGAGCCUACCUACGACAACAAAACCGACGAGUGGACUCUGAACAUCCCCUCUACUGGUGGAAUGUACGUUGCAAAGUUUAUUGAGCUACUUGACCUCGAUAACCUCGAUAACCUCAACAAUGUCACGUAUGACACUCUGGUAGACUGGAUGAACACUGGUAUGGUCCGUUACUACGACAGUUUACAGACUAUCCAUCCCGAUCUCACAACCUUCAGGGAAGCUGGCGGCAAGCUCCUUCACUAUCAUGGCGAAUCAGAUCCCAGCAUUCCCUCAGGUUCUUCCGUUCACUACUGGCAAUCUGUUCGAUCCAUCAUGUAUCCAAAGCUGUCCGAUGAGAAGGCACAAAAGGCUCUUUCCGAAUGGUACCAGUUCUAUCUCGUGCCUGGAGCUGCUCACUGCGGCACAAACUCUCUCCAGCCAGGUCCUUAUCCUCAAAAUAACAUGAACGUUAUGAUUGAUUGGGUCGAGAAUGGUAAGCAGCCGUCGAGACUCAAUGCUACUGUUUCUUCGGGCGAUUACAAAGGAGAGACGCAGAUGUUGUGUCAAUGGCCUAAGCGACCUCUUUGGAAGAACGAUAAGAGUUUCGCGUGUGUUGAUGAUAAGAAGUCGAUCGAGAGUUGGACAUACAGCUUCAAUGCUCUCAAGAUUCCUGUAUACUAG